AUGGAUUUAAAUCACUGUCUCAAUUUUGAAUUUCUCACCUGCACAAUUCUCAUCUCAUCACUGUUUGUGAUAGAUGGUGCGUCUCCUGACAGGCCGCCUCAACCUGUGGACCGGUGCUCUCCUAACCCGUGCCAGAACCGGGCCUUAUGCAGGAGCCGCCGGGGGGGCUACUCGUGCUUCUGCGUGCCGGGGUUCCAGGGCUCUCACUGUCACAUUGAUGUGAACGAGUGUGUGUCUCAGCCCUGCAGGAACGGAGCCACCUGUGUGGACAGAGUGGGACGGUUCUCCUGCCUGUGUCCUCCUGGGUUCACUGGGGCCACUUGCGAGCUCCAGAUUGAUGAGUGUCAAUCACAGCCAUGCCUCGGCGGGGGCAGUUGCCACGGCGACGCGGGUGGCUUCACUUGCACCUGCCCGUCCGGUUUCCAAGGACACCGCUGCCAGAACGGGGCCCCGUGUGUAGAGGGGGGGAACGGAUACAGAUGUGACUGCUCUCACUCAGGCUUCACAGGCCCUCACUGUGAGACACCACCCCCGCCCUGCCUCUCCCAACCCUGCUUCAACAGCGCCACCUGCAGGGACGAGCUGGGUAGCUACACCUGCGACUGCUGGCCAGGCUUCGAGGGACGUCAGUGUGAGACGGACAUCAGUGAGUGCAGCAGCGGCCCCUGCCUGCACGGAGGCCACUGCAUCGAGAGGUCGUGGCAGGUCCUGCACGGCAGCGAGCCUCUGCUGCCCGAGCGCUACGACCCGCAGCACGCCGCAGGCUACAUCUGCAGCUGUCCUCCAGGAACAACAGGUUCCCUCUGUCAGGAGGUGGUAAACCAGUGUGAUCCCAGUCCCUGUCAGAAUGGGGGCAGGUGUGAAGGCCUCGUCGGAGGCUACAGUUGCCACUGCCUCAAACAGAGUGAUGGUGGAGUUCUCUAUGGAGGCCUGAACUGUGAUGUGAGGCUGGUGGGCUGUGAGGGACACGAAUGCCUGAAUCAAGGCUCCUGCUCUCCUUUCCUGAUCAACGGGACUCACGGCUACGACUGCUCCUGCUCGGCCGGGUUCACCGGACACCUCUGCAGCACCCCCACCACAUUCUCCUUCGAGCGCAGGGGCUACCUGCUGCUCCACAGCCCUCUGGUGGAGGCAGAGUUCUCUUGCAAAAUCACCCUGAGCUUCAAGACUCUGCUGCCCACUGCUUUGUUGUUCCAGCGGAGCAACAGGGGCCUGCUGCUGAGCCUGGAGCUGGAGGGGGGGCAGCUCGGUCUCACCCUGAGGAGGGAGGCCUCUGCUGGGGCUGAGGCAGAGAGCCCACCCCAGGCCCUGGAGCUUCCGUUCAAUGUCACAGAUGGAGAGUGGCAUUCUGUAGAGGCCGUGCUGGAAAACUGGGUGCUGAGCCUGAAACUUUUGCAUGAUGCUGGGAGCUGUGGGAGCGAGGCCUGUCACAGGGUGGCCUCAGUCAGGCCGAGCACCCUGGCUGGAGCGAUGUGGAACACAUUUAUCGGAGGAGCGCCUCAGGACCAGCACGACCCCCGUGAGGACGCUCCACUUCCAGGAUUUAUCGGCUGCAUGCGGGACGUGUUUGUCGACUGGCAGCUCGUGGUCCCUGAGGAGUGGCUGAGCGACUCGGCUGUUAACGUGUCCCCCGGCUGCAGCCACAGGGACCGCUGCCUGGAUGUGCCUUGUCAAAACCGAGGACAGUGUGUCAACCUGUGGCAGAGCUACCAGUGCUGGUGUCCGAGGCCUUAUGAGGGGCAGGACUGCGAGGAGGAGCAUGUGCCCGCACGCUUUGGGAAUGAAGACUCUCACAGUUAUGCCGUGUUCAAUGUCACAGACGACCUGGUUCAGGACCUCUCCAUCUCUCUCUUCCUCCGUACGCGAAGGCCCAACGGACUCCUCCUGGUGCUCGCCAACGACAGCAGCCAGUACCUGCAGAUGUGGCUGGAGGACGGCAAGGUCACGGUUCAGGUCAAUGACCUGGAGAGUGUGAGGGCGGAGAGCGCGGUGGACGACGGGGAGGUCCACUUUGUGAGUGUGGAGGUGGUGGAGGGUCGUAUGACUCUGUACGUAGCAGCUCAGAAACAGGGGGAGGUGGAGAUCAGGACGCUCAGUGUGCAGGCCGGAGACACCGUGCAUGUGGGAGGGCUGCUGGAGAAGAAGAGCACCUCAGUGUUCGGUGGAUAUUUUAAAGGAUGUAUUCAGGACCUGAGGAUCAACGACAGCAGGCUGCAGUUCUUUGGGUUGGACACCUCAGUGAGAUCUUACCCUCUGGAGCUCAUGGAGAAUGUGACCAGCGGGUGCUCAGGGGACAACGCCUGCAGUAAGAAUCCUUGUCUGAACGGGGGAAUGUGCUACUCCAUGUGGGAUGACUUUACCUGCACCUGCCCACCCAGCACAGCAGGUCGGCGCUGUGAGGAGGUCAGGUGGUGCGAGCUGUCCCCUUGUCCCAUGGACUCAGAGUGCAGGAUGUUGAACCAGGGCUACGAAUGCUAUUCCAAUGCGACCUUCCUGAAUGACAGCACGGUGCUGUCAUUCAGGGGAAACGGACAGAUAUCACGCAACCUGACCAACCUCUCGCUGAAUCUGCGCACGAGGAGGCGCAACACGGCCGUCCUGCACGCGGAGAAGGGCUCUGCAUUCCUCACAGUCUCUGUUCAGGAUGGUUUCCUCUUCAUGGAGCUGCAGAGUGCCACCGCUGUGGACGCCAGUGAGGAGGAGGCCUCGUCUACAGUCAGCAUCAGCAGCCAGAGGAGUGUCAGUGAUGGAGAGUGGCACAGUGUCCAGGUGUUCAUGGCGACACCCUGGGCGCACACCUCCCGGUGGACUCUAGUGCUGGAUGAGGAAAUAGAGGCGGCCAGCACUUCCAGGAGCCGAGGAGGCAACCUGGACUUCCUAAAGCAGGGGGUGGACAUCUUCCUGGGGGGCCUGUCUCCUGAUUCCGGCUGGUCCCUGGCUGGGUGUCUGGGCACCGUGGAGCUGGGUGGCAUCGCCCUGUCUUACUUCAGCUCCUCCGACGUGAACUUCCCACGGCUGCAGGAGGAGCAGUUCAUCCAGACAUCUCUACACUCACCGGUCCUGGGCUGCAGCGGGGGCCCGGUGUGCCGGCCCAACCCCUGCCUGAACGGGGGGGAGUGCCAGGACCACUUCAACACCUACAACUGCAGCUGUGCCGACGGCUGGGCCGGGAGGCGCUGCGACUUCUUCACCGACACCUGCGCUACCGGUCCCUGUGUGCACGGCAACUGCAGCGUGACAGGACAGGCCUACGAGUGCACCUGCGAGUUUGGCUACGCCGGAGUGGACUGUGAAGAGGAGGUGGACAUAUGUGAGCACCACCUGUGUGCACACGGGGGCACCUGUCUGCACGGGCCGGACAGAUACGCCUGCCUCUGCCCUGAGAACUACACGGGACCCCUCUGCAAUGAACGCAUUGAAGAGAUUCCGUGGUACAUUGUUAUCAAAAAUGUACGACCGAAGCUUCCUGUGUCCGUGUGCGGCGAUGAAACCAGGAACUACACCUGCUUCAACGGAGGCAACUGCACCGACCGAGAGCUGUCGUGUGACUGUCCGCCCGGCUUCACUGGACACCGGUGUGAGCAGGAGGUGGACGAGUGCCAGUCCAACCCCUGUCUGAACGGAGGCUACUGCCGCAACCUCAUCAACAAGUUCGUCUGCAUGUGCGACAUGAGCUUCGCGGGAGACUUGUGCCAGAUGGACAUAGAGCGUGCUCCACACAGCUCACGGGUGGCCGCUGUGCUGGCUCCGUGUCUGAUUGGCUUGGCGAUAGUGGUGAUGGUGGGCCUGGCACUGGCCGUAGCCAAACUGAGAAAGAGGCGGCAGACGGAGGGCAGCUUCGGUCCGCGGCAUCUCGAGGCCGCCGGCGGUCACGACUCACCCGCUGAGCUGGGGAACACAUCCAUCAGCACGUUGGCAGCGCGCGUGGAGCGCCUGGUGUAG